GAUUCGUCAAAAUCUGGCUGGGGUGGCAUCCUCCGUUUGCCUGGUCAACCGCAACAAGAGUUUCGCGGUCAUUGGGACCUCCAUGAAGGUGAUCUUCCCAUCAUCGUGAAGGAAGCUUUGGCCCUUCUGUUCGUUUUGCAAAGGGUGGCUCGUCUUGUCUCAAACGCUAGGGUUGAUUGUUUCGUCGAUAAUGCACCCUUGGUUGCUUGCUGGAAAAACGAUGGCUCUCGGAACGCCCACAUUAACAACGUUCUGAAAGAAAUCUUCCAUUUAACUUUAUCUCCUAAUUUACAUGUCAUUUUGCACUUCGUCCCUUCUGAAGAAAACCCAGCAGAUUAUCCCUCCCGAGUUCCCUCAGAUCUGGACUACUUGCUGAGUCCCGCGUCCUGGCAGGUUAUUCAAAGGACCUUCGGCCUGCACACCAUCGACCUUAUGGCUACUCCUGAUAAUGUCCAGAGAGAUUUAGCCGGUAGAGCACUUCCUUUCUUCGCUCCCUCUCCCUCGUCGCAGGCACUUGGGACAAAUGUUUUCUCGCAGGUGAUAGCUCCUUCUCACAAUGCGUAUGUAUUUCCACCGUUUAUCCUUGUUGGCCCCCUGAUUAGAUUUCUCGCAUCUCAGGAUUGUCCCUACACGAUUGUAGUCCCCGACCUUCGUCCCAGGAAAUAUUGGUGACCGAUUCUCGUUUCUUCCUGCGUAGAGUCGUUCAAACUUGGUUCUCGAGGGGAUCGCGACAUCCUGCUCUUUCCGGCUGAUACCCUUUCCGGUAUGGAAUCUAGGCCACUCCAAUGGGAUUUGUGGGUGUUUCGAAUUUGCCCUGUCUAAACCUUGUUUUUUUUAUACAGGACAGUGCUCCUUUUCUUGUCACCUACGCUCCGAGUGUUACCUUUGGUAAUUUGCAUUACAAUGUUUGAUUGUGUAUUUUUCUAUUAAAAUACUUAUUUGAAUCCGUUUGUCUCAUUGUGAUUUCUCCUUUCCCCAGUCCUCUGUGAACGUUCCUCGCAUUUGGAAGCCCGCCUCCUUGUGCCCCGAUUGUUCUUACGCUAACGACGCUGGCUUUAACUUUUGCCAACACUGUGGAUUUCAGCCCGCUCCGCCUUCAGUAUCCGCAAGAUCCUCCAGAGUUUCCCUCGAUCUGCCCGCCAUCGAUCGCAGAAUUUCCUCUCUUCAAUCAGCCAGGGCUGCCAAACCUUACGAGAAACAGAAGUGUAGUCUGUAUCUCGAACUGGAGUCCUUUUUAUCCUCCCUUCCAAACCCCAAGUCUCCCAUUUCUGCUUCCCCUAAGGAUGUCAUUAGAUUUCUCGUGUGGAAGGACUCUAAGGGAAAGACUAAGAUCCACGCGCCUAGCUGCCCUAAUUUCGGCUCUCACUCUAAACGGAAAUGUCGCUGCCCCACUAGACUAGCCGCUGGUACAGUUAAUAGCACAAUUGGAAAGCUACGUGCUAUUUUUAAUUCCGUUGGUCGAACGGGUGAUUGGUCUGGUUUGUCCCCUGGUAACCCUGCGGCUCAUCCGUCCGUUAAGAAAUACCUUGUAUCAAUCUCCGAGGAACAAGCUAAAGUAAGAGUUUCCCCUCGCCAAGCUGUACCAUUUUUCUUUGACAAGUUUACUAAGCUGUGCACCUACUUACGUAACCGCAUGUUCCUUUCAUCCGUAUCCCCGUUGGAAAGGUACAUUAUAAGCCGCGAUCUCGCGUUCUUCUGUCUUGAUUUCUACUCAGACGACAGAGCAUCUGACCUUGGUCGUGUUUAUACCAAAGAGGUUCUCCUGCUACCUGACGAUCAAGGUCUUUUGUUUCACCACACGUUUGGGAAGACGCUUCGUGGAAAGGACUCCAAGAAUCAAUUUGCCGUUAAAAGGUGUCCCCAGGAUUCUGUGGUUUGCCCUGUUGUAAAUCUCACUACGUAUAUUAAGAUAGCCGACCUCAUGAACAUCAACCUUCGGGAGGGUUUUCUCUUCCGUGCUACCGACCCUAAAGGUCGCGUUUCUCCAAAGCCGUUCGUGGGUUCUACAGUGGCUAACCGUCUCCGCCUUCACCUCACGGCGUUAAAUAUUGAUGAGGGUGAAACUAUGCACAGUUUUAGGAGCGGCUGUUCUAUAACUCUAUCUCUUCUAGGUGCCUCAGAUCCCCAAGUGGCUAGUCAUGUUGGCUGGAAAAGCAUCCAGAUGGCUCGAUAUUAUUCUCAAGUCCCCAAAGUUAUGGAUUUGUCGCUACCAGCUUCUCUUCUUGCCCAAGGCACU